UCUCUCGCUGACAGGAGCAAAGGUGGGAGCCAGCCAGGUCUCCUCUUCCUCGUCGCCGUAGCGGCGCUCGCGUCGCCGUGAAUCUAGAGGGGUUCGACUCGACCCCUCCUCAUCCUCCUCGUCGGCGGCUGGGUGGCCCGGAUCGGUUCAGCCAGGUGGAGAGAUUGAGCUAGCUAUGGACAACUUGUGGCAUCUUGGGGAUGAGUUCCGUGGGCAAUCCAAGGUAGUGGAGGACCGUCAGUGGUCACUCAUGACAUCGAAGCUGGCUGAGAUCAACAAGUCAAAGGCUGAGAGGACGAAUGACCUUGACUACGCUCGGAUGAAUACUGUCCCUGAUAUCAAGCAAUGGGAUAAGUUAUCCUACCAUCAAGAUGAGAACAAGAUGGACCACCUCAAUCUUGGUCUUAUGAAUUUAGAUCUUAAAAUGAACGAUAUCAGGAUGAAUGAGGCAGCUAUGAAGAAUCCUUUCCGCAGCAUGGCCUACAACAUGAAUCAACUGUACCCCAAGGGAGGCAAUGGCAAUGUUAAUUCAUUCAAGAUGAAUGUUGGGGUCAACAAAUAUUCGCAUAGUCCAAGCGGGAAAGAGGUGAAUGGCAAAAACAGUAGUGGUAACAGCAAUGGGAGUAACAGCAGUGGGAACAACAGCAACAACUCUGCUGUUGACAAACGAUUCAAAACAUUGCCAACCAGCGAGAUGCUACCAAGGAAUGAAGUGCUCGGUGGCUAUAUCUUUGUCUGCAACAAUGACACCAUGCAGGAGGAUCUCAAGAGGCAGCUUUUUGGGUUGCCAGCAAGAUAUCGUGAUUCAGUCCGAGCAAUUACUCCUGGUCUGCCUCUUUUCCUCUAUAACUACACAACCCAUCAGCUUCAUGGGGUAUUUGAGGCUGCUAGUUUUGGAGGAUCUAAUAUUGAUCCCACUGCAUGGGAAGAUAAGAAGUGUAAAGGUGAAUCUAGAUUCCCAGCGCAGGUGAGGAUCCGCAUUAGAAAGCUCUGCAAGCCUUUGGAAGAGGAUGCUUUCAGGCCAGUGUUGCAUCAUUACGAUGGCCCAAAGUUUCGUCUUGAGCUCUCCAUAGCUGAGACCUUAUCACUGCUAGACCUUUGUGAGAAAGAAGGCAUCUAAGUUGUCGAAGAAGUUGCUUUGAGGCUUUGGUAAAUAUCACCCUUGUAUGUUGUGGAAGGUGGUUCGCCAUGUUCUCUUGUUCUCGUUUAAGCGCAAGCUGUUGAUUGCCCCUGGAAGGACCUGGUACUUGAAGGCCUCUAAUAUGUGAGCCUGUCUGUAUUGUGCCGUCCGUAAUCUUGGAAGAUGUGUAUGUUUUGCUAUUUAUGUAUUUUGGUAGAGUACACCCAGAAGGGAAAACCCCCCAAAUGGGGGAUACUGUAAUGCAUCAUAAUGCCCUAAAUAAGGGUAGUUGAUGUUCAGAGUGUAUUCGUGUUGUAUCUUAAAACCUUGCAUUUGCCUUAAUGCUGCUUUGCAC